UUUUUACGUUCGUUACAGGCCUGCUCUUUUCAGCCGGGCAAAUAAAUCUGAACUCGUAUGAGCUGCAGAAUGUUUCUGUGAAUCUCUCCGCGUCCUUGUUCCCCGACCUAGAGCGUGCACUGUCUCUGGUACAGUCGGAGCUCCUAGCGCCCUCCUCAACUCCCCCUCCCCAGCUAAUCGUCGCAAGCUGAUUACCACUGUCAACAACUGUGAACCUCCACUUCUCGCUUGGGAGGAGCUUCAAUUGGGACUGGCUAUAUCGCUUUGAUUAAACCGCAGCUCGGGUUACUCCGAAUCAGCUCUCGCUAUGUCAAAUCCAGCCCAACCCUUCGACCCUCGACGGGCGACAACGUACGGGCGCCCGGAGGAGCUGCAUAUCCCGUCGGGCGCCCCCAACCUGCAACGACAGUCCAUGUCCCACGAGUUCGCGACGGGCGCCGAGAAUCAUGUUCCCUCAAUCAAUGUGCAUCCUUCCGGCUCUCAACCCGUCCAGUUUGGCGGCGGCAACAGCGCUGCAGGCGGUCAUCUUCCAGGAGCACUGCAGCCGGGCAACUCCAACCGUCCACCAGCCGUGUCCAUGAACACAGCCCCUUCAGUGCUUCCAACCCUCUCUCAGUUGUCGACUCCGAUGCAGCCUCCCGCGGCACCCUCGUCACAGCCGCAACAACAAGCGCAACAGCAACAAGCGCAGUCCGCAGUACAACAGUCAACAAAUCCGCGGUCUAGCAUGGCCAAUUCUCAUGGGCAUUCAAGGUCCAGCCCGGCAGGCUUCGAUCAGCCAAAAUAUAAACAGCCCGGCUCGUCGCCGGGUGCUUCGUACCCGCCGCAGACACCGCUAGGGGCCAAAUACUCCCCCUUGGGCCUUGCUGACAUUCGGCCAACCGGCGACCUCUUGAGCGACACCAUGAUGACCCCUGGAAUGAUGUCCUUCAACAAUGGCGACAAUCAGGUUCCUACCAACAGUAAUUAUAUCGCCCCGUGGCCCAUUUAUGCGGUGGAUUGGUGCAAGUGGCCGGUCCCUGGCAACUCCGGUUCCUUUGGCGGCAAGAUCGCCUUGGGAAGUUACCUGGAGGACAAUCAUAACUACAUUCAAAUUGUCGAUACACACUGGACGGCCCCCGACCCCGAUACGCCAGAUGCAGCGGCCGGAGACAUCAAGCUAGAGUAUGUCAAGACUGCGGAAGCGACCCAUUCAUAUCCCGUGACUCGGAUUCUCUGGGAGCCGCCAUCUUCGCAGAAACAAUCUACAGACUUGCUGGCGACGUCUGGCGAUCAUCUGCGGUUGUGGUCGCUGCCUGCAUCGCAGCCAGCGCUGGCUUCCAACACGAUCACGCGGUCGAAUAACCAGAACGCGCCAACCGCGAAGCUGCAACCCCUUGCUUUGCUUUCAAACUCGAAGUCUCCGGAACAUACGGCCCCAAUCACAUCGCUGGACUGGAACACUAUUUCCCCCAGCCUUAUUAUCACUUCUAGCAUCGAUACCACCUGCACGAUCUGGGACAUCCCCACACUCACGGCUAAGACACAGCUGAUCGCGCACGACAAGGAGGUGUACGAUGUACGGUUCUGCGCCAACAGCGUUGAUGUCUUUGUCAGUUGCGGUGCCGAUGGCAGCGUUCGCAUGUUCGAUCUCCGGAGCUUGGAGCACAGUACCAUCAUCUACGAGCCCACGGAGAAGAACGAGAAACUCAUGAGUCCCGGCAAUGGUAGUCCCUCCGCGCCUGCACAGUCAGCAUGGCCACCACCUCUAUUACGCAUUGCAGCGUCACCGCAUGACUCGCACCUCUUGGCCACCUUUUCGCAAGACUCGAACAUCGUCCGGGUCCUCGAUGUGCGGCAGCCCGGGCAGGCUCUGCUGGAAUUGAAAGGGCACGCCUCCUCCAUCAACUCGGUGGAGUGGUCGCCCAAUCGCCGUGGCGUGCUCGCCUCAGGUGCCGACGACUGCUUUGUUCUCCUUUGGGACUUAAUCAAUCAACACAACGCGGCGCCCGUUCCGCCGGGAGCACACCCACCGGGAGCAGCCCCGACCGCAACGCCAACGAGCGAGCGGGGGCCGGCCGCUGCCUGGCAGUGCGAUUACGAGGUCUCGAACAUCAGCUGGUCGCCGCAGGGCGGCACCACGGCGGCCGGGCAUCCGCGCGACUGGCUAGGGGUUUGUGGCGGGCGGGGGCUCUGGGGAGUCGCUCUGUGAAUAGCUCCAUAUAUCUACUAGACUUUUGACAGAUUGUCCACUUACACUUUGCUUGUUCUUUCUUUGUGUGUGUGUUUUCAGGCUAUGACUUACCCCCUUGAUGUUGUGAUUUUUGGUACUGCUCUUCUUGGGACGCGGCCCUGGUGCAUGAAUGGCACGGAAGAAGCCCUGUAUAGCGCGCGGACUCUCCAACCGCGGGGACGACCUCUGGUAUAUGGCAUGGUACGAGUAAAUGAAUGAAUGAAC